GUCAUUGCAGGCAGGCAUGCCCCGGACCCUGAGUGCCUCCGACAUGGUCACCCCAGGCAGCCUCAGCCCACCCCCCACAGACCCCACCGAUGGCGAGCAGGCCGGACAGCUCUUCCUGGACGGAGCUCCAUCCUCAGCCUCUCUGGAGACCCUGAUUCAACACCUGGUCCCCACAACCGACUACUAUCCCGAGAAAGCCUAUAUCUUCACCUUCCUGCUGAGCUCUCGCCUCUUCAUCGAGCCCCAGGAGCUCCUGGCUCGGGUCUGCCACCUGUGCAUUGAGCAGCAGCAGCUGGACAAGCCAGUGCUGGACAAGGCUCAAGUCCGUAAGUUUGGCCCCAAACUACUCCAGUUGUUGGCUGAGUGGACUGAGACGUUCCCACGGGACUUCCAGGAAGAGUCGACCAUCGGGCACCUGACGGACGUGGUGGGCCGCAUCGCGCCCUGUGACGAGGCCUACCGAAAGAGGAUGCAUCAGCUCCUGCAGGCUCUGCGCCAGAAGCUGGCGGCCCUGGGCCAGGGGCCGGAAGGCCUACUGGGCACUGACAAGCCCAUCUCCUACCGGACCAAGCCACCGGCCUCCAUCCACAGGGAGCUCCUGGUCGUCUGCAACGACCCCUACACGCUGGCCCAGCAGCUGACCCACGUGGAGCUGGAGCGGCUGAGACACAUCGGGCCUGAGGAGUUUGUCCAGGCUUUUGUGAAUAAGGACCCUCUGGCCAGCACAAAGCCUUGUUUCAGUGACAGAACCAACAACCUGGAGGCUUACGUGAAGUGGUUCAACAGACUGUGCUACCUUGUGGCCACUGAGAUCUGCAUGCCUGCCAAGAAAAAGCAGAGGGCUCAAGUGAUUGAGUUCUUCAUCGAUGUGGCCCGAGAGUGCUUCAACAUUGGCAACUUCAACUCCUUGAUGGCCAUUAUCUCCGGAAUGAACAUGAGCCCUGUCUCCAGACUGAAGAAGACUUGGGCCAAAGUGAAGACAGCCAAGUUUUUCAUCCUGGAGCACCAGAUGGACCCGACGGGAAACUUCUGUAACUACAGGACAGCCCUGCGAGGGGCAGCCCACCGCUUCCUGACCGCCCACAGCAGCCGGGAGAAGAUCGUCAUCCCCUUCUUCAGCCUGCUCAUCAAAGACAUCUACUUCCUGAACGAGGGCUGCGCCAACCGCCUUCCCAAUGGGCAUGUCAACUUUGAGAAGUUCCUGGAACUGGCCAAACAAGUUGGAGAGUUCAUCACGUGGAAACAAGUGGAUUGUCCUUUUGAGAAAGACCCCAGCAUCACCCACUACCUGUACACGGCCCCCAUCUUCAGUGAGGACGGUCUUUAUUUGGCUUCCUAUGAAAGUGAGAGCCCAGAAAACCAAACAGAAAAAGAGAGGUGGAAAUCUCUAAGGUCGUCUAUUCUGGGAAAGACCUGAGAAGCCCUGGACCUGAAGGAGGAGGAAGAGGUGGAGUGAGCAAAGG